AUGUACCCUUUGGCUGUAGAAGGUGAGGGGUUGGACAGUUUCUGGAGGGUUCUGCUGGAAGGGAAGACCUAUGCUGCAGAUAUUCCAGCUGAGAGGUUUGACACCACUUUUUGGUAUGACGCUGACGCCAAGAAACCUGGAAAAACACAGACAACCAAGGCAUCUCUCAUAGAGGGGUUCAAUGAGUUUGAUCACAAGUUCUUCGGCAUUGCGGAAGUGGAGGCGGAUUCCAUGGACCCGCAGCAGAAACUCCUCUUGCAGUGCACAUACAGGAUGUUAGAAGAUGCAGGGAUAUCCAUGGAGAGCAUCAGUGGAAGCAGAACUGGGGUUUACAUAGGUCUUAUGAACAGGGACUAUGAAAUGCUCAGAAAUAACAGUCCUGGAACAAUAACCCACUACAACGGCACUGGGACGGCCAUGAGUGUAGCGGCCAACAGGAUUUCUUUCACCUUCAAUCUCACUGGACCCUCAUUUGCAAUUGACAGCGCUUGUUCCUCCUCUUUGGUGGCCCUGCACCUAUCCUGCCAGGCUAUAAAACAAGGAGACUGUGAGAUGGCGAUUUGUGGUGGAGUUAACUGUAUAAUAGAGCCAAGAAUGUUUGUUGCUCUUAGCAAAGCAAAGAUGAUCUCACCUGAGGGAACCAGUAAGCCUUUUUCUACCAGAGCAGACGGCUAUGGCAGAGGGGAAGGCUGCGGCCUGGUACUCCUAAAACCCCUCAGCAAGGCCAUAAAAGACUGUGAUAAAAUAUGGGGUAUCGUCAGCAAAACUGCAGUCAACCAAGAUGGACACUCAGUCACCCCCAUCACCAAACCCUCCAUGACACAACAAGAGGAUCUGCUGCACAGGAUCUACUCAGACUCUGACAUCGCCCAGGUUGAUUACAUCGAGGCUCAUGGGACUGGAACCACAGUUGGAGACCCAAUCGAAGCGGGAAGCAUCUCAAACGUCAUUGCUAAUGCCAGACCCCCUGGAUCUGAGACGCUUCGGAUUGGGUCUCUGAAGGGCAACAUCGGACACACAGAGUCUGCCGCUGGAGUGGCUGGACUCAUCAAGGUGCUACUAAUGAUGAGGCACAAGAUCAUUGUGCCUUCAGUUUUUCACUCUGCAGACAAUGCAAGUGUAGACUUAAAAGCCUUGAAAUUAAUUAUUCCAACCAAAGCUGACAGUUGGGAGUUAAAUGCAUCACCGGGAAGGGUAGCCGGGGUCAAUAGCUUUGGGUUUGGAGGCACAAAUGCACAUGCCAUUUUGAGGGAGUACAGUUACACUGUAGACCCCAUGAAAGCCUGGACACAGAUAUUCGUAUUUUCUGCUGCUUCUGAGAAAUCAAUGGUGAUGACCAUCACGGACACUCACCAAAGACUCAACAGCAGUCAGGAAGUCGACUUGCAGGCGCUCUCAUACACCUCGGCGUGCAGAAGGAGUCACUGCAAACACAAAUAUAGAAAGGCCUUAUCAGCACUCUCCCUCCCAGACUUAAAACACAAGCUCACAUCUGCACUGAAAACAAAAGCUCAGCCGGUAAGGUCGGACAUCCAAGUCGUCUUUGUGUUUUGCGGAAAUGGAGUUUCCUACAGGGGAAUGUGCAGACAGCUCAUAAAAGAGAUACCCGCCUUCAGGGACAAGAUUAGGGAGGUUGAGAACAUCUUUCAGAGUUAUAAGGACAUGAGUAUCAGUGGAUGGCUUGCCGGUGAUUACGAUGAGGGGGAUUUUAGCCAGCCAGGUGUUGUUCAACCCCUUCUCUUUGCAAUCCAGGUCGGCCUCGCCUCUCUGCUGAAUCGCUGGGGAGUCAAACCCGACAUCGUACUAGGUCACUCUGUUGGUGAAGUUGCAGCCGCUCACUGCUCAGGUUUGCUGUCGCUCAGGGAUGCCGUGAAAGUGCUGUUCCACCGCAGCGCUCUUCAGAGCAAGCUUCCAAAGGGGAAAAUGCUGGUCGUCAGCAAUUUGCCUGUGGAAAAAGUAUUGGCAGUGAUUUCUGACUUUUCUGGGAAGAUUUGUGUAGCUGCUUUCAACAGCCCUCAGUCGUGCACUCUGUCGGGAGAAGCAGAAGCUUUAGACGCCCUCCUCAUCAGGCUGAAGCUCAUGUUUCCAGAUAAAAACCUUUUCCUCCAUGUCUUAGAUGUUCCAGUUGCUUACCAUAGCCAUAUGAUGGAUCCAGUUCUUGAUGACAUUGAGAGAAACAUCGGCCCUCUAGAUAGCAAAAAUAUGGGGUGCAAGCUUUUUUCGACUGUGUCUGGAGAGAGGUAUUCAGAUGGCGAUUUCAGCUCCGGCACAUACUGGGCAAAAAACAUCCGAAAGCCUGUUUUAUUUGGACAAGCCCUUCGUGCGGCCACAAAAGACAAGCCGUCCAAUAGAAACUUACUCUUUGUUGAGAUUGCUCCCCGAAGAGCUCUGCACAGAUACAUACAAGAGACUCUUGGAAAUAACACAAUUGUUCUUUCUCCUGUCCACCCAGAGAAAGAUUGCAACGCAAUUUCAUCCACUUUGGCCGAACUGUUUGAACUUGGCGUCAACGUAGACUGGCAUCAGGUCUACAGUGGUUCUGAGACAUUCCCCACAUCUUUUCCAGUUUACCAGUUUGACAACACAAAGAAAGACGUAAACUUUGAAGCUUUGAGAGAAGGUAAUCAGUUAGCCACUUUUCACCCCCGUUCUCUUGUAUCCCACAUGAACGAUAAAGAGCUCAUGUGUAACCUUACAUUGGAGACUACCCCCUUUCUUUGGGAGCAUAAAAACAAUGACGUUGCCAUUGUGCCUGGUGCGUUCUAUGUUGAACUGGCAUUUGCCUCAGUGAUGGCAACCCUGCAGCCAAAGAAACCUGUUUCUCAGCUCCGUCUUAGAGUUUCAUUUAAGAGUUUGCUUACUCUCAACUCAAAUUGCCAGCAGCUGAAAAUCACACUUGAACACCAAGAGAAGGAGGGUUCGUUUAAGAUACAGUCCUCUGCUGCAACACACGCAUCCGGCACAUACAGGUGUUCAAGUCAAGAACCCCUUUUAGAAGAAGCAACCAUUUGUCUUGAAAUGAUAUUUCAGAGGUGUGCUUUGGUUAUGAGCAGACACGAAAUCUAUUCGGUUCUGUCUCAAGCUGGAUUUGAGUAUGGCCCGCUUUUCAGGCAGCUGAGUGAUGUCCAUUUUGGAAAAGAAUUCAGGGAGGCUGUAACGACUUUCCAAGUUCCCGAGGAACUUCUGAAAUAUCUGCAUGAGUAUUUCGUUCACCCUGUGCUGCUGGAUUAUUUCAUGCAAAUGACUGCUGUGACUGCAAUGGGACAGCUGGCAUCCAAACAGGGAUUUCCCUCACGUGUUGCAAGUAUAGUUUUAUCUGGACCUCUGCAGAAGGAAAUGGUCUUGUACCUGCGGGCAACUCAAGAGACUCCAGACUUCCUUGAAGUGUGUGGUUGCUUUGCCACAAUGGGGGGGGACGUGUUAGUAGAACUCACAGGGGUGAGGAUUUCAUUUCUUGACGGCUGCUCAAACGUUCCCCAAUCACUGUUCUUUCACAAUGAAACGGUUUUGGUUGCAGAUGACGGAGCCUUGCAAGGGCUUCCGUUAAAAGCAAUUGUUUUUGGGGACAACCUCGGCAUUUCUGAAGGGCUAAGACCCUACAUAAGCUCAGAGUCAGUCAUUGUGGAAUGUGGGGAGAAGUUAAAGGCCAAAGAAGUUGGACAGCUGGUGCUUCACUCGCUGUGCAGCAAACAGGAUCUGGAACAUGUUCUCUUCAUUUGCGGUGUAGAGGACGUCACUCACCUGUCCUCUGAGCGCAUUUUGGACAUCUUAGUGGCCUGUUGUGAGAAGUUUCGCUGUAUUGUUUUGGCUGCGAAAGAGAGCCGACGCCCCUGCACCGUCACCGUGGUGACUCACAGGUCAACAGAACUGACUGCCGACCGCAUCAGUCCUGGUUUUAUCCUCUCGGGGCUGACGAGGGCCUGCGCAGCAGAGAUUUCAGAUCUUUCUUUUCAACUGAUUGACGUUUCCUCUGUUAGCAGUGAGGAUAUAAAAAUGCUGGCUCGAGUCAUUGAAACCUGCGAACAACAAGAGGUUGUUUUAGAGCCUGGACGAGAUGGGAGCCGUACCGACAUGCCUGUGCUUGCAAGGCCCCGCAAACUCUUCAAACAGAGCUCUGUGUAUAUUGUGACAGGGGGUCUAUCCGGAUUGGGAUUUGAGACUGUUAAGUUCAUCGCCCACAAUGGAGGAGAUUGCAUUGCAACACUCUCGAGGAGCAUUCCGUCUGAUGAAAUGCGGUCAGAAAUGGACAGGCUCCAGAGCAGAUACGGCGUAGCCAUCAUGAACAUCCAAUGCGAUGUUUCUGUGUCGAUGCAGGUGGUUGAUGCCAUGUCCAAAAUUGGGGAAAGAUUCCCAUUUUAUCCAGUCAAAGGGGUUUUUCACAGUGCUGCUGUGCUGCAUGACGCGUUGAUCGAAUUCCUCGACCAGUCCCUCUUCCGGAGGGUGCUGCAGCCCAAAGUCAGCGGCGCUUUGAAUCUCCAUUAUGCCACACUCGACAAAAAACUUGAUUUCUUUGUGUGCUAUUCUUCUAUCUCAUCAUUCCUAGGUAAUGCCUCACAGUGCAAUUAUGCAGCAGCCAAUUCUUUCCUUGAUGCUUUCUGUCAUUACCGAAGAAAUCUUGGGCUCGCAGCACAGUCCAUCAACUGGGGCCCUCUGAACGUUGGUUUGUUGCUGAACAAAGACCACUUCCAGAAAUUCUUGGAGACCAAAGGGAUGAUGGUAAUGGGCGUGCAUGAAAUUCACGAGUCACUUGAAAGGUGCCUUUUAAUGAACAGGUCGCAACAAGUGAUAUGCAAAUUCAACUUCAGAAAUCUUAACACGCAUGUCCUCUCACAAAACACAUUUCUCAGGGAGCGCCUGUCAGCUUUGGUGGAAGCAGAGCUAAAAAAUGAAAUGCAUAUCAAACCCAGAGUGCAACAUCUGUCUUCCACACAGGAGACUGUGAGGAGGAUCGUUGGCGAUGUACUGAAUCUAAGUGCAGGUGAAGUGGAAGAUAACUCAAGUCUGUGUGCACUGGGGGUUGACUCAAUGUUAGCCAUGACUCUGCAGAACAAGAUUUUCCAGGAAACAGGAAUAAAUGUACCUUUGGUAAUGAUACUGGACCCAAACAGUGUUCUUACCACUUUAGUAAAUGCUGUCUUGAACAGUGGAUGA